UGUGGGAAAAGAUGAUGUUGUUGCGGAGGCUGCAUUGACAAAUAGAAGAAAGGGGGUCAAAAGGAGAAAAGGUCGACACCUUCGGGUGACCCUGAAGACUCUUCCCUGCCGGUGACUCCCGUGUUCGUGCUGGCUCCGACCCAAAGAGUCGCUCGUACUACCAUGUUUCGUGUGAGAUCGUCUCAAGCAGUAGAACCCUUCUGUAGCAGAUCUAAUAGCCAGGACAUCGGAUAGAGCCCUGAGUGGCCCGUUGGUCUUGCGCUUCCUGACCAAACGAGCUGUGCGUAAAUACGCUCGAAGGAAGUAGAAGCGGAACCAAAAGACGCGUUUUAAAUGACGGAAUUCUCAUGUCGCACAUCGUACUGAGUCGAUCUUUUGAAAAAAAUUACAUUAAAUAUAUUUUUUUAUUCUCUAGGUUCGCGAGGCGGAUGGAGUGAAUCGUGCAGAAAGGAGGAGAGUUAGACUGCAGUUUGGUUGCGUGUGAUGAUAGGAGACACAAUGACGCUCUUGUCUCUUCUGGGUCGGAUCAUGCGCUAUUUUCUCCUCAGGCCUGAGACGUUGUUUCUGUUGUGCAUCAGUCUGGCGCUGUGGAGCUACUUCUUUCACACCGACGAGGUGAAAACCAUCGUCAAGUCCAGCAGGGAUGCCGUGAAGAUGGGGAGGAGAGACCACAUGGAGGACCGGUUCGAGGUGCUCACCGACAUUGCCAACAAGAGCCACCCGUCGAUAUUCGCGAUUUUCGAUGGUCACGGUGGAGAGGCUGCAGCUGACUAUGCAAAAGCCCACCUGCCUGAGACUCUGAAGCAGCAGCUGCAGGCCUUUGAGAAAGAGAAGAGAGAUGGCGCUGCGUCGUACACCAGCAUCCUCGAGCAGCGUAUCCUGUCCGUGGACCGUGAGAUGCUAGACAAACUCUCUGUCAACCAUGAUGAAGCAGGUACCACGUGCCUGGUGGCACUGCUGUCAGAUCGAGAGCUCACGGUGGCCAAUGUUGGAGAUUCCCGAGGGGUGCUGUGUGACAAAGAUGGGAAUGCAGUUGCACUGUCACAUGACCACAAGCCGUACCAGCUUAAAGAGCGCAAGAGGAUCAAGAGGGCAGGAGGAUUCAUUAGCUUUAACGGAUCCUGGAGAGUCCAGGGAAUCCUCGCUAUGUCCCGCUCCCUGGGCGACUACCCGCUGAAGAACCUCAACGUAGUUAUUCCCGACCCUGACGUAAUGACCUUUGACCUGGACAAACUGCAACCAGAGUUUAUGAUCCUCGCAUCCGACGGGCUGUGGGACGCCUUCAGUAACGAGGAGGCGGUGCGAUUUGUCCGCGAGCGACUAGACGAGCCUCACUUCGGUGCCAAGAGCAUCGUCCUCCAGUCCUUCUACCGCGGCUGCCCCGACAACAUCACUGUCAUGGUGGUGAAGUUUAAAAGUGGAGCUGGGGGGAGCAGCAAGGCGGGUUAGCAGGACGGGGUUGAGUGAAGAGCUCUCACUGUGAUUUAUCCGGAUCCCGAGGAAAACGAUCCCAGGACACGGGUGAAGCAUGACUACUAAAAACUACUUUGGACGAGUGCAUUUACCUACAGGCAUAUGCACACAUACCUACUAACAAACAUAAAACCGGUUUACUUUGUGACAUCAGAUUUGGAAAAAAAAAUGCAUUUAAACAAAUGCAUCAUCACCAUCUUCUGUAUGAAUGAAUAAUUCCUAAAAUAUCAAAGAACACUGCAGACAUGCAGGAUUUGCUCUGAACCAGCACACAUUAGUCUGUGAUGACUUUAUUAUACAUACACACGACUGAUGCAGCUCCUCUGGAUGUUUUUAUUUUCUUUAGAGAAAAAAAGUUGUGCCUGUGCAAGAGAUACUGUUUAAUUACAACACGGUGCUGCAAAUGCAACUGCUAAAUCACCCCCUGGCUUGCAGCAUUUUGAUGACACACUGGAUCGUUGUACAUUUUGACUUGAAAACAUUUGUGAGAAGACACGUGAAAGGAUGCUGAACACAAAGCUAAUGCUCUGAGUGUAAAACACUCACCUUCUGCACACUUGACCGAAAGUGGAAUGCAUUUAAUUUUAAGUCUUUCUUCAUAAAGAUAGAUGAUGACAGUAUAAACAUUCAAGGAGAAAACCCCUAAAACUGUAAGAACUGGAUGAUGGUAGAUUAUUUUUAGAACAGUUACAUUUUUCUUAUUUGUUGUUUCAAAACAUAAAAUUUUGAAUUUGUGAUUGUUAUCUAAAUGUUAUACUAAAAUCUUAAAAUGUUUAAUGUGGGGUAGGGGUGGACCGAUAUAUCAGGCGUGUUAUUUAAAAAAAGUUAUAUACCUGCAUCGGCCGAUAUUUCUCCUUAGUGAAGCUAAUUUAAAUUCAGGCACAUCCUCAGGCAGCCCUGUGCUGUUGCAGAAUUUGAUUUAAAUUUUACGUUCACAUCUGCAUAAUAGAUACUCUAAAAUAACUUUAUGUAGGUGUCUUAACACUGAGCAGUGCACAAAGUUCAGUUUAGCAGUUUGUUAAAAUCAGAGUUCAAAAACUGAUUCAGUUUCAGAAAUGUGCAUCAUCUGAUAUCAUUAGUGAUAUAGUAGCAUGAAAUCAGGUGGAAAAAGUCUGGGUAUUGGUCAUGAAUAUCGGCAGUACAUAUCGGCCAUCGGCUGACUACGUCUCCUACAUAUCAGCAUCGGUAUCGGCAAUAGAAAAACCAGUAUCGGUCAAACUCUAAUGUGACGUUUCUGGAAUUGACCAAUCAUCUGCAUUAGGAGCUGAGAUCAUCAGUAUAAAUGGAUUUCUCUGUGGUUUCACUUAGUUAAAGUGGUUUUUGAAAAUUUGCAUAUUUUUCCCCACUUCCUGAAAGAGUAGUUACUUCUGAAACCUUCAUAGUAAUACAACAUUUAUUUACUUAUUUAUUUAAUUAUUUAUUGGGACAAAAACUUGAUUCCAAAGCAGCAUUUCAAGUUUGCAGAAUGUGGGUGAUACUCAAAGACAUAUUUGGGGCGAAAUGCCAAGUUAGAAUGAGGAAAAUAAAAAGCAUUAACAGCAUAUGUGCUUCUUUUUAAAACCGUUUUAAUUCUGAAUGCUAACUCCUACAUAUCGGCAGAUGUUCACACUGUCGGUACCUCAGUAAGGUUUUGAUGUAUGUAAAACCUGACUUUCAACCUGAAAUGCUCUUCUGCAAUGUUAUGGAGCUAAUCUGAGCUGUUCCCUCAACCUGGGUCUCGUCUGCAGCAAGGCAUGUCUUUGGCUUCUCCAUGUUAAUGAACCAGGUACUUACACAUGUUUGUCACAGGACACUGAUGGUGGCUUUGACCUAGAAAGUCCUCUGGACGAAGAGAUGACUCAUGCAGACUGCAUGCUGCAGCUAUGGAAGCUGCAGAAAUAUGAUCCUGAAGCAAUACGGACAGCAGCGACACAUCAGAGAAAGUUCCAGUAAACCAUACUUGAUUGAUUACUGUUUUCAGUUCAGCUGUUAGCACCUACCGUAUGUACAGUCUAUGGUUAGCACUGUAGACGCUUGAUGUUUCAUUAGCUGAGAGCAACAAUGAGAUUUUUUUUAUUUAACAUUUAACCUAAUGCCUUAUUUAUUGUUAAUUUUUUGGGGAUGUUUCUGGCAGAAUACCAAAUCGCCAUCAAUAUGUUUUUUUCCCCAUCCUUCUGUAUGCAAGCAAAAGUUUACAAUAAAACAUUUUACCAGAGAACCCA